AUGAUGUCCCAGUUAUCCAAAUUGCUGUUGGGAGGAAUGGAUAAGGGAAAGGACCCCAUGGACCAAGUUGAGAAAACAAAUGAAGAUCUUCAAUACCCCCUGGCUUUACUCCAACGCUCUAACUUUGUCAACAACCCGAACUAUCUGUCUGUUCUCGACUUGGAUGAAACUGCUGAAGAGGAAAAGGUAAGGAUGGAUUCGCAAAAACAAUUGGAAGAACGUUGUAGAUGGCUCGAGGAAAAAUUCAAAGCCAUGGAGAGCGCGGAUCAUCAUCAAGGGAUUGAUGCCAAGGAUCUGAGUUUGGUCCUAGAUUUAGUCCUCCCCCCUAAAUUCAAAAUGCCUGAAUUCGAGAAAUACAAUGGAACAAAUAGUCUGGUUGGAGCGGCGUCUAAGUGGUAUAAUCAACUGAGUCGAGCCAAGAUUAACUCAUGGAAGGACCUAGCUCAGGCCUUUAUGAAGCAAUACAAUCAUGUGACGGACAUGACCCCUGACAGAAUCACUCUCCAGAAUAUGGAAAAAAAGUCAAAUGAAAGCUUCAGACAGUAUGCACAAAGGUGGAGAGAGGUGGCCAUACAAGUUCAGCCGUCACUUCUAGAAAAGGAGGCGACAAUGCUCUUUAUCAACACCUUGAAAGCCCCUUUUAUCACCCAUAUGCUAGGAAGUGCCACAAAAAGCUUCUCCGACAUAGUAAUGACGGGGGAAAUGAUCGAGAAUGCUGUAAGGAGCGGCAAAAUAGAAUUGGGAGAGAGUACCAGAAAGUCAGCCCCAAGGAAAAGGGACAAUGAAGUGAACAACACGAGCACAUUCAACAAGGGGCAGUCCAAGUCAAUUACCAUGAAUCAACCCAAAACGGUGACUACCAAUCAACAAAGCUCUGUAAGACAAGAAUCCAAUUCGAGAAAGAACACAGAAAGGCCACAAUUCACCCCUAUACCUAUGAUGUAUAGGGAGUUGUACCAGAACCUGUUCAACGCUCAUAAAGUAGUUGAAAGACUCAUUAAGGUGGGGAUUGUGAGAUUUGAUGACCCAGCCACGGCCAAUGUAGCAGGAAACCCACUCCCCAAUCAUACCGACCAAGGAGUGAAUGGGAUAAGUGAAGGCUUGAACAGGAAGACCAAAUAUGAGGUGGCAGAAGUCAGGACCCCGUUGAGGCAGGUAUGGAAGGAGAUGGCCAAGAGAGGAUUGAUUGUGUUGGACUCGAGGGAAGAAUCCAAAGAACAGAGAAACUACUGUGAGUUUCACGACAAGGUGGGGCAUGAAAUCCAAGAUUGGGUGGAGUUCAAAGCCCUAGUACAAAACAUGAUGAACAAUAAAGAAAUUGAAUUCUAUGAAGAGACUGAAAACCCCGUAGAGGGAGAUAUAUGUGCAUCGGAGGGAGAAUCGACGGUACAAAAUCGAACGCCUAACUAUCCCGUGGUGAUCAUUUCGAGACCCAAAAAUAAUGAAGCCGGAGUACAAAUGCCACCGUGGGUCAUAAUCCAAAGACCUGCAGUUUUCCCUUACAAAGACGGCAAAAAGGUCCCAUGGAAUUAUGAUUGCAAUGUGAUGAUGCCGGGAAAGGAGAGCCUGGUUGACGCUUCAAGAGGGGACCAAUGCAAGGGUUUCUAUACACGUAGCGGGAGGCAUUACGAUACGGCGAAUGUGGAGGUGCAGCCCACAAAAGGAAAAGCCCAGGUGGUUGAGGAAAUGAAGGGAAAAGCAACCAAACCUAUUAAAAAGCCAGUUAACGAAGAGGAGGCCAAGGAGUUUUUAAAAUUCCUAAAGCAUAGCGAAUACAGCAUGGUGGAACAGCUACGUAAACAACCAGCCCGUAUUUCGGUGUUGGCCUUACUUCUAAGCUCGGAAGUUCAUCGUAGCGCGCUAAUGAGGGUCUUAAACGAGACAUACGUUGCCAAUGACAUCUCCGUUAACAAGCUGGACCAUUUGGUGAACAACAUAAGUGCCGAUAAUUAUAUCUUCUUUAAUGACGAUGAGAUACCACACGGGGGCAUGGGGUCGACUAAAGCUUUGCAUAUCACCACGCGCUGUAAAGGGUACACGCUGCCAAGUGUACUGAUUGACAAUGGGUUGGCUUUGAACGCCCUGGAUACAUUCGGCUGGGGCAGUGCCUUCCUCCUUGCAUCAGAAAUUGAAGCUAGUAUCAGAAGGGAGAUUGAUAACGAUCAAGGCUGA